GACACGAAACGGUUGCAGCUGCACCAAACCCAGCCCGACCCGUCCGGACCUUUACUCGACCACCACCACAGUACCCGUACCACGCCACACCCGUCCAUCCCCCUCUCCUGCAAAACCGAAGGCCGGACCGGACCAGACCAGACCGCACGCGCUGCAAACAAGCCCUUCUCCGACUCCGAUCGUGCUCGCUCGCCGCCGGUACUAGUCUAGAGCAGCGGGGAGGAGGAGAUGAGGGCGUCGCGGAAGCCGAUGGCGGUGGUGCUGAGCUGGGUGCGGAGGCAGCCGCCCAAGGUCAAGGCCUUCCUCGCCGUCGUCGCGGGCAUGACCGCGCUCGUCUUCAUCCGCUUCAUCGUCCACGACCACGACAACCUCUUCGUCGCCGCCGAGGCAGCGCACGCGCUCGGCAUCGCCGUGCUCAUCUACAAGCUCACCAAGGAGAAGACCUGCGCUGGACUUUCACUCAAGUCUCAGGAUUUGACAGCAUUGUUCCUGGCCGUUAGGUUGUACUGCAGCUUUGUUAUGGAGUAUGACAUCCAUACAAUACUGGAUUCAGCUACACUAGUAGCUACUCUUUUUGUCAUUUACAUGAUUCGGUUCAGACUGAGGUCAACUUAUAUGCUGGACAAGGACAAUUUUUCAUUGCUCUACGUGGUUAUACCAUGUUGUGUGCUGGCGUUUCUUGCGCAUCCUUCAACAUCACAUAUCAUGAUCAAUAGGAUCUGCUGGGCUUUCUGUGUUUACUUGGAAGCUGUUUCAGUGCUGCCCCAGUUGCGCUUGAUGCAAAACACAAAGAUUGUUGAACCAUUCACAGCUCAUUAUGUGUUUGCAUUGGGUGUGGCAAGGUUCCUUAGCUGUGCACACUGGGUCCUUCAGGUCUUGGAUACUCGUGGCAGAUUAUUGACUGCUCUGGGCUAUGGUUUUUGGCCAUCGAUGGUGCUCCUCUCUGAAAUCGUCCAGACGUUCAUCCUUGCAGAUUUCUGCUACUACUAUGUGAAGAGUCUUGCUGGUGGACAACUAGUGCUGCGACUUCCUUCUGGGGUGGUGUAAAAUCUGGAACAUGAUGCACAACUCAUUUGUUCGGUGCUGUGUCUUACUGUCGAACAGUGGCCCUGCUUCUGGAGCCCAACCUUCUCUCUUCCCAUGUGGGAUGGAUUCAAGAGUCCUGUUGCUUUUCUUUUUCCAGUUAUAAACUGUUUGGUAAAAAUUGUACCGGAGACUGUUGGUCGUGAAGCGUAGGCUGUUGAGAACACUAUCUAUAGCUGACUAUUUAUCCAGACUAGUUUUCAAGUA